AGCAAUGUAGUAGAGCCACAGCUGCAUAGCUGAACUAAAAUAAAGGUCCUGUUAACCGUUUGGAGAAAGUGAUCACUGGAGGAAGAGAAGAGAGUGAAAGAGAUGCAUCAGGAGUAGACGGCGUGCAGACGCUGGCACAGCAGAGCUGAUGGAUCAUCACUGCCGCACACAAGAAGAGCAGGUCAAUACACUUACUGCAGAGGCAAGGCUGUCUCAAGAAACUGCUAGAACUGCAUGCUCAGUGGCAUAAAUAACUACCAGCAAGGACACUGGUAGAGGGAUAUGAAGCUUAUGCACGCUGCCACUCAAGCAUAAUUAUCCAGCAUCAAGCAGGGAUUUAACAACAGGCAGACCACAGACAACUUGAAUAGGAGGACCUGAACUUGAGAAUGGAGAACUCAGGAGGAAUGUACCUGAACAUGGCUGCAGUGACCUCUAGGGUGGGUGUUGCCCGACUGCUGCAGGCAGUGUUUGGAUGCACCACAUUCAGCCUUGUGGCCCACCAAGGGGGAUUCAAUGCAGCUUACGGCACUUUCUGUAUGGCUGUCUGGUGUUUCUGUUUUGCAGUCACCAUCUUUAUCAUCACUUGUGAGUUCACGAGCCUCCACAACUGCCUGAGCAUCUCCUGGGGGAAUUUCACAGCUGCUUUUGCCAUGCUGGCCACUCUUAUGUCCAUCACAGCUGCUGUCAUCUACCCACUUAAUUUUGUCCAGUUCAGCUGCCAUCCCAUCGGGUGCGAGAAGAGAGACUUCCGCAUAUCGGCUAGUAUCUUUGCUGGGCUUCUGUUUCUUGCAUAUACCACAGAGGUAUGUCUGACUAGAGCCAAACCUGGACAGGUGACCAGCUACAUGGCCACAGUUUCUGGCCUCUUGAAAAUUGUCCAGGCCUUUGUCGCUUGCAUCAUUUUUGGAGCACUGGUGAACGACAGCCAAUAUGAUAGGUAUGUGGCCACGCAGUGGUGCGUGGCUGUUUACGGCUUCUGCUUUGUGCUAACUGUAGUAGUGGUGAGCCUCAGUGUCACAGGAAAGACGACAACGCUGAAGUGCCCCUUUGAACGCUUUGUGGUCAUUUAUACAUUUGUGGCUGUCCUGUUGUACAUGAGUGCUGCAGUAAUCUGGCCAGUGUUCUGCUUUGACCGGAAGUAUGGCUCUCCACACCGCCCUUAUCAGUGUUCCAAAGGCAAGUGCUCCUGGGACAGUCAGGUAGUGAUUGCAGUGUUCACUUAUGUGAACCUGGUGCUUUACAUUGCAGAUUUAGCAUACUCGCAGCGUAUUCGCUUUGUCUCACGCCCUUGAUAUCCAGUCCCAAUGCUACAAUGCUCCCAUGGCCCAGAACAGCAACAGAUUUGGAAUGCUGACAUUCAGAGCUCACUAAGGAAUUAAACGUCAUCAAAAGAUCCUGGUUGAGAAGAGGCCAGCUACUGAAAAAGUGGGAUAGCUGGGUAGGAGAUUCUUGGUUCACAACUGAGAAGCCAUCCUGGUGCAAAAAGCCCUGAUGUCCAGCAGUAUGGAUCGGGAUCUACACCUGAGUCUCCUCAAACAAAGACAUUUUCAAAGCUAAGAAGAAACCAAAGCAAGGUGUUUAUUCAGACAGCUCGUGUGUGUGAGUGGUUUGAUUCCAAUCCAGAAAUAAAAGUGGCAAAUUGACAGAAAUAUUCAAGAUUUUCUUAAAUAGAUUUAACGUAAAUGGAUAUAUAAAACUGUUACAUCUACCCACCCCCACUACUGUACCUGUAUGCAUGCAUUUGCUGAAUCAGUUUGAUGAUCAGCGCUCCCC